UGCAUGUUAAGAAGUCCAAUAUAAAAACAUUUGCUUCAAUACAGUGAGGACAUUGUGAAUUGUUGUAAGAAUUCAGUAAAUACAGCUGUUGGUAUUCUUCGAUAUGGGGAGGAUUUUUUUCGUCACAAUAUUCCUUGUGGGCUUUUUGUUGUUUGAGGCACACACUCAAACCGUUGGUAGAUUUAGACGUCUGCGGCGACGACAUUUUCCUUCAGGUCUCAUCUACAGACCUAGAGGCACACAAACACAUUCACUAGGAAAUCUCCAGGACCUUUUAUGCCAAUAUUGUAUGGAACUUAUAAACACUGGACGGAUGGGUGGAACGUUGUCUGACUGCAGCCAAUACUGCUCUAUGAUACGAGUUGUACCCUCUAGACCCUGGGUCUUUGGUCCUAGAGGUCUGGGUAGCUCAUAAUCAUAUAUUUAAGAAACCUACAUUAAAAUCAUGUUUUUAUUACAUAUAUCAUAAAGCAGAGAGAAAAAAACCCCAAAUCACUAUAUUUUGAUACCCACUUCCGUCCCUACCCAGGAUUGAACUUACAACCCGUGGGACUAAAUAUCCUAGAGGCGUGUGACCAGUGUUGUAAACCGCUCGACCAUCUAAGCAAGUCAAAAAGAUUUGUUUGGAUGAGGAUGACAUUCUCGCCACGAUUUCCCACGCUACAUGGUCAUUGAGAAUGGAAAUGAGUCAUUUGAAGUCAGUUUAAGAUCAUCCAAGAUACAGAUUUUAAUUGAAAUAUUUCAUACAAAUCACCGAUAUUGCAAAUACUACUCCAGUGAUGUGAUAUUGAAUAUAUAGAACAGAAAA